AUGUCUACAGAUGACUCAGGUCCUUGUCUUCUAUUCACAGUCGUCGAUGUCUCCAAGGCAAGCCCGGCUGCCAUCAAAAUCAUUCGUGCUGGUGCUGUACCCAUCCCCGCCGAGCUUGAGGAGAAUUUCGGAUGGGACGAAGCGCCCUCUUUCCCGCUUAGCCAUUCGUUGGCUUCUGUUGACGACGCUGGCGCGUCGGAGGGUUCGUCGGCUCGAGCACUGACGGCCAAAGAACAUGCAAACCGCAUCAAGCGCAAUCCAAGGAGGCGCGCCCUCGUUCCUCCGGCACCCACCGGUCGCCACUCGAGGCUCUUCCAACAAUUGUUGCGCUCGAAGACUCGUAAACAGCUCUCAACCACUGGGAAGUCUACGGAGAACUCCCCAAUCGCCGCUCACGUCGCGAGCAUGGUUUUAUACUCGGCGCAGAACGACCAAUCGUCUGCAGAGCGCACCGACGCUCACCCUAUCAUGGAGGACCAGAGUUACGAUGGCAGUCAUGACGCGUUGAAUCAUGACGACGAAUGUUACGUCUCGAAGUCAACUUCGAAGGACACACACGAUGCGCGCGAAGCUACUUCAAACUCGGCCGAGGACCUGGCACUCGCUGUGAGCUUCGAGCGCUUCCUUGCUGCCGAUACACUUGCGGAGCCUUCAACUUCUUUCACCGAAAUGGCCCCUUCGCUAGACUGGGACACUCUGUCGUUGCCUUCCUCCUCCCCUUCGGUCGUGGAGACUAUACCAUCGCAAUCCCCAUGCUCUACCGUCUUCGCCGAAUCAGUCCCUACGCCCGACUUAGUUACUCCACUGCCACUCUCUUCUCUCGCGGACGCCAUGCCUUCAUCGUUCCCGGCGUCUUCCGCCGUCGCUUCUCUCUCCCCACCGGCGGCCUUGGGCGCUUCUGCAUCACAUUCCUGUUUAGAUGGUGCUAUGUCCACUACGCCAACGACCUCCCCUUGCGCGCCGACGGUAUGUGAUUUGCGUCCCUUGCAUUGGAAUAUUUCUCUGACUACCAAUAGGAUAUGUACUCGCACUAUCACGGCGAAGCCGCAGAGUCUCCCGUACCGCUAA